CCUCUGUAUCGCCAUUACCAUUAAAGAAAUAAUUUUGGGAUUUUGGAUUUUCCUCUUCUCGUCUUCAAUUUUAUAAUCUUCUAUUCCACAAAACCCUUAAUUUUCCCGCACUUUCUCAACGCAAAGGAAGGAUCUUUCUUCCAAGACAAUGAGGUGGGAGAGGGUCCAACAAGUGGGUCUCGGUGAUUCUUCUUCUUUCGGCCCCGGAAAGAGAUGGGGACACACUUGUAACGCCAUUAAAGGCGGCAGAUUUCUCUACGUAUUUGGUGGCUUUGGCAGAGACAAUUGCUUAACAAAUCAAGUUCAUGUCUUCGACGCUGAGACGCAGAUAUGGAUUCGACCUGAAAUCAAUGGCGUACCGCCCUGCCCGAGGGACAGUCAUAGCUGUACAACAGUUGGUGAUAACCUUUUUGUGUUUGGUGGUACUGAUGGGACCAAAUAUCUCAACGAUGUGCACAUCCUUGAUACUUAUUCACACACUUGGAUACGUCCGGAUAUUAGAGGGGAAGGACCAAGGGUUAGAGAGGCUCAUAGUGCAGCGCUUGUUGACAAACGUCUUUUCAUAUUUGGCGGCUGUGGGAAAUCUUCUGAUUCGGAUGAUGAAGUAUUCUAUAAUGACCUUUACAUACUUAAUACAGAAACUUACAUGUGGAAACGUGCUGUAACAUCUGGGAAACCGCCCUCUGCACGAGAUAGCCACACUUGCUCAGCGUGGAAGAACAAAAUCAUUGUAGUAGGUGGUGAAGAUUUGGAUGACUAUUAUCUCUCUGAUGUUCAUAUCCUUGAUACAGAUAAAUUUGUUUGGAAGGAAUUGAAAACUUCAGGACAGGUGUUAACACCUCGAGCCGGUCAUGUAACUGUUGCACUUGAGAGGAACUUAUUUGUCUUUGGAGGGUUUACGGAUUCUCAAAAUCUUUAUGAUGAUCUAUAUGUGCUUGAUUUGGAAACGGGUGUAUGGUCCAAGGUUGUUGCUAUGGUAGAAGGGCCAUCUGCUAGAUUCUCUUCUGCAGCGGUUUGUUUAGAUCCUUACAAGGCUGGUUCGUUUUUCUUUGUUGGUGGCUGCAAUAAGAAUCUUGAGCCGUUGGAUGACAUUUACUACUUACACACAGAAGGUAGAUACGAUGUCCGGUUUCAUCAAAAUCCAGGGAGAUCGUCUCUAAGGAAACAAAUGAAGCUAAAAUGCCAAGGGCAGGAAUUAACUGUGGCCAAAACCAACAUUGACCAUGGAAGAGAGAAUGUCCCUUUGAACAUUGGCUAUAUUGAUCAAAGAAAACCGAUGUUUCAAGCCAGGGUUACUGAAAACGCCCCUCUAGGUUACACUAUAGAAACGAUCAUUGAUGGAAAGGUUCUUCGCGGUGUUUUGUUUUCAAACAGACACAGCUCUGUGCGAAUUGCAGAUUCAAGCAUUAGUAGUAGGGAAAGGCCUGCUACGUCAGAUGGAGAUUGUGAUCAUAGAGCAAAGAUACCAAGAACUUUUAGCAAGGAUCCAGCUGGUAGUAGCCAACAAGCUGGUCCUACUGAUCCUUCUGAUGAUACUAACAAGAAGGUUGCAGAUUCAAAUGAUACGGACACACCCAUGAUUGACACUGUCGAUGCUAAUGUGAACAUGGAGGGAACACAUGAAGCAGAAACCGCUGCCGUUACCAUUGAUGCCAAAGAUCAAGAUGCUUCUCAACUCGAUAAGGGGAUUGUGAACACAGAUCCAUUACCGGUUUCUCAUGAUCAGGUGAAUGUGAUAUCAACAGAUGCUGCAAAAGCUGAUCCUGGAGUAGAUUCAUCGACACGAAAGCAAGAGGAGGGAACAUCUGCUGAAGAAGAUGCAAACGUAGGGCCGCAACCACAACAGCAUUAACAUCAGGAAGGAUCUUUUUGAGGGGGAUGUACAGUAAGUAGUAGCUGGAGAUAGAAUUUGGUUUAGAAGCUAAGUAGAAGAAAACUAAUGAAUUGCAGAAGAAGCUAACAUUUGAAUUGAGGUCUUUUGCUUCUUGUUCUGUAUUUGGUUUCAAAUUUGCAUUUAAAAAACAUUUUUCACACAGCUUACAUAAUCACCAGAAUUAAUCUGAUUUGGACAAGCAACACGC